AUGCAUAAAGUAUUAUCAAAAAUUGGUAUAUGGAAAGAACUAAUGGAAUUAAGAAAAGACGGAAGAGUCAAGACUAGAAGUUCGCUUGUCACACUUUCACUUUUCUUAGAUGAGAAGGAGUUGAUAAGAGUAGGAGGACGGCUUCAACACGUUUCCGUACCUGAUACGACCAAACAUCCAAUUAUAAUACCUGGAAAACAACACAUAACCAAAUCAAUAAUAAAUGAAGCCCACAUGAAAACCCUCCAUGGUGGCAUCCAGCUGAUGAUGGCAUAUGUGCGAACUAAGUACUGGGUAUCCGGACUAAACCAAUUUAUGGGUCAACUGCCACCAGCCAGAGUAAGUAGGAACCAAGCCUUCAUUAAUAGUGGAGUGGAUUACGCCGGCUCCAUAUGGAUCAGAACUUCUAAGGGCCGUGAACACCAUGCCACCAAGGGAUAUAUUUGCCUAUUCAUCUUACCACACAAGCAUUCCUUGCUGCAUUUCGUCGAUUUGUUACCAGAAGAGGUCAUUGUGCGAACUUAUGGAGCGAUAAAUGGUACAAAUUUUCUGGGCGCUGCUAGAGAGUUGAAGUGUCUGUUCGAAGAAGGCAAGAAUAACAUGGCUAGAGAAGUAGCUGAAGUUCUAGCAAAUGACGGAACAAAGUGGCAUUUUAUCUCACCCAGAAUGCUGACUUGUGGAGGUUUAUGGGAAGCGGGAGUGCAAUAUGCAAAAAGACACCUGACAAGAGUUAACAAAGAGACUAGACUCACUUAUGAAGAGAUGGCUACCCUACUGGCCCAAAUUGAAGCAUGCUUCACACUCGCGUCCACUUUGCCAAAUUGA